AUGAAUUCACACAUUACUUUCGUUUUAAUAAGUGUGUGGAUCUUUUCAAUAUUUUCUGUGUUGAUAAAUUCACGCUCAUUUUCCAUUGACUACAAGAACAACUGGUUCCGAAAGGAUGGAAAACCAUUUCAGUACAUCUCAGGAAGCAUCCACUACUCCCGCAUUAGUCGGGAAUACUGGAAGGACAGGCUGCUUAAGAUGUAGAUGACUGGACUCGAUGCUAUUCAGGUGUAUGUGCCAUGGAACUUCAAUGCGACCUUGCAGGGGGUUAACUUUGCAGGAGUCAGAGAUCUAGAGUACGUUUGGAAUCUGGCCAACCAGACAGGGCUGUUAGUCAUCCUGUGACUGGGGCCAUACAUCUGUGCAGAAUGGGAAAUGGGUGGUUUGCCUGCUUGGUUGGUACAGAAGCCUAACAUUUUCCUGUCUACUGACACAGAUUAUUUACCUGCAGUGAGUAACUGGUUGGCUGUCCUGCUCAAUAAAAUGAGAACGUGGCUUUAUCAGAAUGGAGGAAACACCAAUAUCACUACAGCCUUCAGUCGACAAAGGAGGUUUGAACCUAAAGGCCCAUUGGUGAAUUCUGAUUUCUAUAUGGGUUGUUUGGACGCUUCUGUGGACACGGAAAAAGUGAGCAAAAUGCUGGGAGAGAUGUUGUCCAUGGGUGCCAGUGUGAACAUGUACAUGUUUGAGGAUGGAACAAAUUUUGGUUACUGGAAUGAAGUGGAUCAUGAUACCAGAUUCAGGUCUGUGGUGACCAGUUACGAUUAUGCGCCUUUGUCAGAGGCAGGAGACCCCACUGACAAACUGCUUACAAUCAGAGAUGUCAUUAAGAAUUUUCGUGAUAUUCCAGUUAGUCCCGUGCCACCAGCCACCCCAAAGCUAGCUUAUGGCUUUGUUACACUAAGAAAUGUUGGCAACAUUAAUAACUUGUUUGAUACACUGUCACCUCAAGGUCCAGUCCGAUCUCAAUAUCCUUUGAUAUUUGAGAAGAUUAAAGUGUACCAAGGAUUUAUGGAGAGGUACACCACACUGGUGAUGAAUGUUACUGGACGACAAGCGGAUCAAUUGGACAUUCUUGUGGAGAAAAUGGGCAGGGUUAAUUCUGGCAGCUAUAUUAAUGAUAAUAAGGGUAUCUUGGGCAAACUCAUCCUGGGAAAUGAUGUGCUCACUGAUUGGUUAAUCUACUCACUGGAUAUCGACACUGCAGUAGCCAAUGGCUGGCUGCAGUCAGAUCACUCAGGGGUUCAACCAGGUCCAGGGAUGGAAGCAGGAGAUGGACCAGUGAUUUACUGAGUCUUGAAGCUUACACGCCUAGCAUGGGACACUUUCGUAAAACUUAAUGGAUGGACAAAGGGUCAGGUGUGGGUAAAUGGGGUGAACCUGGGAUGAUACUGGACCCAGAACGGUCCUCAGCAGUCGCUGUAUGUCCCUGGACCUUUUCUUAGCAUCACAGUGCUGGAGUUGGAGAGCGUUGCAUCACACAGCAGAAUCUUGUUUAUGUACCGGCCUCAGCUGAACAGCACUGGACACAACACAUAA